CACAAGAACGCUUAACUAUUUGGAUUUAGACAGUAUCAUUUGUCAAUCAUUUAUUCCAUUUCGCAAACCAUCACUAAACCAUUUAUGUUUGGUCUGUGCUGUUUACUAAUCUUGUAUUUUUGGUGGUGACGGCCGCCCAUACUUCUGGUCCUACGAGACACCACGAUGUCGUUCUCACCAGUUCCCGCCAAUUCUCCAUAGUGAUCCUAUUCUUUAUGUGAUUGGUCAGUUCAUGUCACGUGACAUAACAUACCAUAGCGGACAGCGACUCGCGGACUCUCACGGAUAGCAAUGAUGCGAAGUACGGGCAUUUUCGCCGCUUUGUUUACUGCAUUCCUUCCUCGUUUUGUGCAAACUAUUCCAUGGAAAGAUUGUAGAAAGCCUCUGUUCCUGGACCGAUAUGAUCCUACAAUUGCCUUGUUCAGUGCUUCAACAAGUGAAGAUGACUACAGGAAUAUUUAUGAGGCAAGAACAUGGCCAUAUCCCUAUCUUCAGAAAGCUCCAAAUGUGAAGCAUUCUGGCUGGUGCCCUAAUUUUAGCUCUAUUUAUGGAUAUGUAUAUCUGGAGGCUGAUCUGGGUAUGAUAACAGACAUAACUGGAUUUGCUACACAAGGAGAGGGUUAUGACAGGAAAUACUGGACAGUAAAUUACACCUUAGAUUUCAGUAGAGAUGGAAUUAAUUUUUUUGCAGACACGCCACCCUUGAAUCCUCAUAAUGCUCCACGUUAUGAAGAGAGACGGAUGGUAUUUUCUGGAAACAGUGAUGCUGAGACUGUCGUCACUCACUGGUUUGCUGCUGAUAGAAAGAUCACAGCACGAUUUGUUCGAGUUGUUUGCUUGUCAUGCGAUCCGGAUUUGAUUUGCUGUUUGAGAUUUGAGGUGUUUGGAUGUGAUGGAGAUACAAGAAAUCCAGUUGGCUUAAUCCAUGGCCAGUUCUCUCCUCGAUAUGUGCAAGUCAACCAACACUAUUUAUUUGACAAGGAGUAUAUUUACGCAGGUCAAAAUGAUCUUACCAAAGGAUGGACAGUUCCUUGCUCUAAUGAUGUUGGUCCACCAAUCAUUGAGUUAGAACUCAAAAGUCUUCAUCUCUUAAGUGCAUUUUCUGUUAGAGGCUGCACAGAAUUUUCACGCCCACCUCUUAUGAUAGAAGGAUUCAUAAGGAACAAUACAGAACGUCGUGUGUAUGACUGGGUAGCACUCAAGAAAUACUACAGUGCUGUAACUUGGCAUACUUUCUUCAGACUUGACAGUAGCAGUGACAAGAAUAAGAUAAUACCCUUGUCAUAUCAUCCAGUUGGCAACAGCAUAAAGUUUAGAUUAAGACCAAGUUACGGCUGUUAUCCAGCAGAAUAUGGUUUUUGCAUGCGGCUGGAAUUCUAUGGAAAAGACUUGGAGUGCAAGACUCCUUUUGGUGUCGAAUGGGGAUACCAGCAUGACAGAGCUCUCGUCAAAAAUGAACAGAUGACUGCCUCUUCAAAUGAAAGUGGCAGUGAACCACACUUUGGACGUUUGUACUACAACUCUAAAGCUUGGUGUCCUCACGACCAUUCGAUCCAAAACCAAUACACUAAAAAUCAGCAGUAUCUUCAGAUAGACUUUAUCUUUGCAAGCAAAAUCACUGGGGUAUCAACCCAAGGAUUUGGAUCAAGAUAUGUGGAAUCUUACCACUUAUACUAUGCCUUAGACAUCAACAUGUUUCAUUGCUUUGUUGAUGAGAAUGGUCAAUAUAAGCUUUUUGAUGGAAACAAUGAUGGUAACACAGAAUCAACACACUGGCUGAAUUCUCCAAUAAUCUCCCGUUACUUGCGGUUUAACCCAAAGAAGUGGGUCAACUUUCCAUGCCUUAGAGUUGAGGUUUAUGGAUGCAAUGCAGGAACAUGCUACACUUCUCUAGGAAUCGAGUAUGGCAUGAUAAGUAACUUGCAGAUCAAGGCAUCAAGUGAAACACAGGCCAACAAGAAAGACUGGAGUCGAUUGAACAGUUUAGGCUGGUGUGUGGGUGGAAGUGAAACCUAUGUUUACCUUCAAAUUGAUUUACUUACUGCCACACUAGUGACUGGUGUGGCUACACAGGGCAAAUAUGAGUCCAGGCUUGAUCACAAUGCUGAGGCUGUGACUUCCUUUUACCUGAGGCAUAAUCUUCAUGGGGACAAAUGGCUGACAUAUCAUACACUCCUGAAAGGUGAAUAUAUUGGUAAUAAAGCUGUACAGCACUGGUUAGACCCUCCUUUUGUGGCACAGCAUGUACAAUUUAAUCCACAGUCAUCCUUCACAUCUGGGCGAGUGUGUAUGAGAGUUGAUAUUUAUGGAUGUUACACUCCAGAAUUCUUUCCUGGUUAUCCAACUCUUGGGAUGGAAAGUUUCAGCAUUGGUGACUCACAACUAAGAGCAUCCUCCCAACAAGAUAUUUUUUAUGGGCCGGAAUGUGCGCGACUGAAUCACUAUAUCAAUAAUGGAGCCUGGGUUCCCAAGACUUCAGAUGCAUCACAGUUCCUUGAGAUUGACACUGGAUGGAUUGUAAUCCUCACAGGCAUUGCUAUUCAGGGACAUCCUGAAUUGCCGUAUCGCACAACUGCUUUUCAGAUUAGAAUUACAGUGAACUUGAAUCAGCCAUUUCAGUCGUAUCCUAAAGGGAAAACUCCUAAGGUAUGUGUUCAGGUAGCAAUAAUUAUUGCAGAUGCAGAGAAGGGUUAGAGCAUUUGAUGCGAGACAGGCAGGCCUUUUAACAGGUAGACAAACAGAUGGACAGACAGACAGAUGUACAAAUAGAGGUGCUUUUGAUAAUGGUUUAACUUAACAGUACCAUCUCUUAAAUGAGUCUCGUGCACCAGUUGCAGUUGUGUAUAAAACAUAAAAGACUAAAAAAUGAAUAACUUUAAUCCAA